AGGAUCCUUUUAUUUUGCCCGGUUGACCUGUUUGUGUAUGUCGGUGAAAGAUGAAGAGUUCAGGAUGGAUCAGUUUCUUAAUGGAGAAAAAGGCUGACUUUUCUUUCCUCCACUACAUGCUGUUAUUAAUCACAACACUUUCUCUUUUAGUUCUUGAUCAUUAAAUUGAACUUGACCGAAUGCGAUUAAAAUAAUUCCGUUUCCAACUCGUCAAAGUGUCGUUUUAAAGAGUCGGUUCAAAGAGACGAACCAGUUUUCCGAAAGUGAAAGUGUUUCUCAGCCUCGACUCCAUUAUUAAGGAACGGUUAGAAAAACACAAAGCUCUUCAACAGCAGCCAGAAGCGGUGAGAUUCAUGUCCAACAACAAGCAGUGCUGAAGAAAAGUGGGAAGCACAGGAACUGUUCAGUUAACAGCAUUACAGAUUCACAUCGGCCUUCUGCAUCAGAGACACUGUCAGUGACAUCAGAGCAGUGUCCUGCUGACCUGCAUUCAAAUACAGUCAUGAAUGAAUUGGAGCAAAGCUUUGUAACCUCUGCAAUUGCUGAGAUUCUCAAAGAUAUUUCAUCUUCGGUGCUACAGUCAGUGGUGGAGACACUGAACUCACCAGCUUUGUGAGAACUGGCCAUUUCUAUUUCAAGAGGUUGGUAUGUGUACACACUUCAAGCAGCUAACUGGAAUUGAUCUGAAGGAGAUGUUUCUUAAAAGCUUGGAUAAAAAAGGACAGCGGCUCCUGAACUUUCUUAAAACAGUUGGUGCAGAAAAGAAACCAAAAGUUCUGCAGACUGCUGCAAAACUAGAUGUUUUGAGGUGUCAACCUGAAGGAUGCAGUGAGGAUUUAAAAGAUGUGGUGCUUCUUCUGCUUGCCUACUUCGAUGAAAAGGAAGAAGUGAUGUUUCAUUAUGUGGAAGAGUCUUGCCUUGUAGAAGAUGUGGAUGUAGACAACUUACCAGCAACACCCUGCAUCAUUGUCUGUGGCACCUCAUGCUACACAUCAAAGCUUUUCAUGCUGAGCAUCGACCAGAAGAUUUCAACUCCGCACAUUUCUACAUUCGUCACAGCAAUUUGCAUGAUGUUUAGCAGUUACUAUUGUUUUAACAUACAUUACCCUUUGGAACUUGGUUCUACUCUGGAAUUCAUACAAAGGUGCUUCUUCAGCAUAAAUCCAGAGAAGGGAACCAAAGUUGAGUCAAGAAAAAACAAAAAACAGCUUCCAGUGAAUCCCAGAGUCCUUACACUCAUAGCAGACCUUGCUGAUCACGAAUGGAGAACAGACUAAGGUUGGACAAAAACGUCUUUGACAAAUGUCUGAGGAUAACCUUGGCAGUGACGAUGCUUUUCAAAUUUAUACUGGAAGAUGCUUUGAAUGUUGAAAAUGACUUGAGAAUGUUAAAAAAUAUACUACUUUGUUCUUAUGGGGCACUCAGGGGAAACAGACGUGUUUACUCCUGAAUUAGGUAAAGACCACCAUGAGGACUGGAACAGUGGAUACAGGUUUCAUUGUUCUGGUGCUGGGCAGUUUCAGUGUAAAUACACCAACCUUGUGUUUGAGAUGAAGGAGAAAGCUGAAGUGUUGUACAGUAUAGUGUCCUGGGGCAGUGUUCAGUUAGACGGCAUGGGACAGAUGCAGCCUGCAGGACCCCUGUACAACAUCGACUGCUCCGAGGGGUCAAUGUGUAAACUGCACCUCCCUCACUGUGAGAUCAAUUCUGAUAAAAUUCAGACUGAACUGGCUGUGGCACAUUUCUCUGAUGGGAAUGUGGAGAUCAUUCAGCCUCUGAAAGUAACAGAGACACAUGUGAUCAUAGACAUAAAAAAUCUCUCACUCUACGGACUCCUAAUAAAAAUAUUUUUCGAGGACAAACCGAUCAAGGCGCAGGUCCUUCUCUUCUACAAAGAAAUCCCUGGAAGGACAAAGAAGAGAAAGCUGCACAUGCACUUAUUGCCCCAAAAUGUUCCAGUUAUAGAGGUGCAGAAUCAAUUUCAGCACAACAUGUACAUUGAGAGCAGUUCCACUUGUCAGCUGGUCCCUAGAAAACCAUACAGGCCACGCUGUGAGCAUUAUAAAUGUCAGCCGCAGACUGAGAUAUUUGAGCUUGACUCUGCCCCCAACUAUCACCCCACAUUUGAGGUGAUACUUUCUGAUGAAGCUGAAGAACUCACACUGGGACUUUUGGAUGAACAUGACCAGGAGGUGUGGGCGUCUCGCCAGGUCUUUCUUACAGGUUACACGAGCCAAGAAGCCAAUUCACCCCAAAUGCUGAAAACAGCUGCUGACUUUGUGGAUAAAUAAAAACCCAAUUUAAUACAGAAAGUUUCUUCAGUAAUGGAGAUUGCAGAUGGUCUCCUAUCCAAGAAAAUGAUUAAUGGUGAAAUAUACAGUACAAUCAGUGCAGCAGCUACAUCACAUGAGAAAAUGAGAAUCUUGUACACCAACUGCCUCACCAUCAGAGCUGUGAAAGAAGAAUUUUAUACAAUUCUAAAGGAGAAACAUCCUCACUUAGUGGAUGAGCUGGAGAAAGGGUCAAGCAAUGCUUAGAGGAACCUCAAAGAGAAAGUGGUAGCUCAGAUGUUAAGGUUCUAGCUCACCCAGUAUCACCAAGUUGCCACUUUUGGGGCAUUAAACAUCUGUGCUCCAGUGGCGCUGUCUCAUGGCUUUUCAACAUCACUGGGAUAUGCGAAGAAAGAAUUUACAUGUGCUGUAAUGUACAGGUGACUAAUAAAAAAUCUCUUCUAAAGAAAAGAUUUUAAACAAUGAUGAGAGGAAUGUUCGAAGCUGGCAAAUCUGAAGGACCUGAUAAGAGAAAAAAAAAGAUUUAGAAUUCAGAAUUGAACAGCUCACAUUUUUACCAAUUUUUUCUUCAUCAGUGUUGGCAGAUGACCUACACCCUAACCCUAGAUGACCUACACCAGGGGUCACCAACCUUUUUGAAACUGAGAGCUGCUUCUUGGGUA